CAGGGGUCUUUUCUGUUCAUGUCACUACAUAAAACUAUCAGAUGGUUAGAGGAAGGCCAUGGAGGCAUACGCUUAGCUAGUCUUAUCAAGGACGUUAAAUGAAGUCUAUUCAGCUCUGCUAGAGGGACAAGCUGACUUACUUUGCGAGACAGACUUGCAGCAGCCGUCACUUCAUAAAUGUGCACCGUCCUCGACCGUGUUCGCCUGCACACUGCAGAGGCGCUCAAACUGGCUGCUUUACGCACAACGCAACUCCAGCUCUGCCUGCACUGAAACUUUCCACGGCGGUUGUUUUCAUGAAGAGCAGCAAGCUUUCGCCAAGGAAUUAAGGGAGGCUACUUUUUAUUGCGUUUGCUGAAAAAUAUCGAGGAUGCCUCGUCCGGGGAGAAACACUUACAGCGACCAGAAGCCACCUUACUCCUACAUCUCGCUCACUGCCAUGGCGAUCCAGAGCUGUCCAGAGAAGAUGCUGCCUCUCAGUGAAAUUUACAAGUUCAUCAUGGAUAGAUUCCCUUAUUACAGAGAAAACACCCAGCGAUGGCAGAACUCUCUGCGGCACAACCUGUCCUUUAACGACUGUUUCAUCAAAAUCCCCCGGCGCCCAGAUCAACCAGGUAAGGGCAGUUUCUGGGCUCUGCACCCCAACUGUGGGGACAUGUUUGAGAAUGGAAGUUUUUUGAGGCGUCGCAAAAGGUUCAAAGUGUCGCCUGUAUCUGAUCAUUUGGCUCCUAGCAAGCAGUCGGAUGCUGCCCAUUACCUCCAACAGCAAGCCAAACUGAGACUGAGCGCCCUGGCAGCCACCGGCACACACCUUCCUCAGAUGUCAACUUACAACCUCGGAGUGUCUCAGUCAUCAACUUUCAAACAUCCAUUUGCAAUUGAGAACAUCAUCGCCAGAGAGUACAAGGUCCCGGGAAGUCUGGCGUUCUCCACCAUGCAGUCCAUGUCUGCCGGGUACCCGCUUCACAACCAGCUGACGACAGCCUGGCCCCACAUGUACAACACCAGCGUGAUUGACACGGCGGCCCCAAUAUCCAUGGCAAGCAGCGACUACAGUGCCUAUGGCGUGCCCAUAAAAUCACUGUGUCACGGGGGACAGUCCUUACCGGCUAUUCCUGUACCAAUCAAGCCCACCCCGACGUCCAUGCCCGGUUUCUCGGCGUUACCUCCCCACAUCCCCGCGUUUCUAUCAAACUCUCCACAGUCUCUGAGCCCGACGUCCCCACAGACAGCGACGAGCCAAAGCAGCCCCGCAACCCCGAGUGAGACUCUGACGAGCCCCUCCACUCUACAGUCCGUGGCUGUGCACUGACCACCUGAACUUUUUUUUUUUUUUUUUCUUUUCCAGUAAACGAACUGCUUGCUGGCUGGCUCCCAGGCCCCUUUACCAAAACCCAAAGUUUAUAUUUUCUGCUGUUGGAAUCAAGGUUGUUGCAGCUGCAUAUCGAUUUAUUUGUGUUCGUGUUGAAUGUGUCGCUUUAAAUUGUGUCAAGUCCAGCACAGAAUCGCACAGCGAAGUAUUGCUCUUGAAAUGAUAAAUUAUUUGAUAGUUCUAUUUUUCAGUUUAUUUUAAAAUGAGAGUGUUGAAAGUGGAGCCACCGAGGGGAUCCAGGGGGGGGGUUUGUUUUGGCAGCAUCAACUGUUAUUUGAAGUGCUUGCAAAAAAUCCCCGUGGCAGUUUGUCAGUUUCAUCAACUGGCAAAACUUUUGCACCGUUUCUGUGUGACCACUGUAAUGUCAAUGAAAUUGCGAGGCAAAUACUUUUCGUUUGCUUUUCAAUACUGGAAUGAUGGUUAAAGGUAUACCAAAUAGGAAUAGGGUUUAGUUUUCUUCUUACGAUCCCUGUAAAAAAAUAAAGAAAAAAAAAAAAGAAAAGAAAGAAAGCAAACCGAGUUACGAAAUCUUUUCAAAACUGAAAAGUAGUAUUGUGAGAAGUCCUCAAAAUGCAAGAUGUGAAUACUGAAAAUAACUGAUACUAAAAUGUUGUAAAAUGCACUUUUUAGUUUUAUGUUUUAGAUAUCUAUUUUCCAGAAAAUGUUCUGUGAAGCAUUUAAUUUAAAAGGCUGUGGUGACCAUGUGUAUCAGAUGCUGUAAAUUUGUACUUUUUUAGGUAAAGCAUGCAUUUUAAAAUUUGUGUUGUUGCUGUUGUUGUUGUUGUUGAUGAUGAUGAUGAUGACGUUGUUAUUGUUGUUGUUUUGUUUUUUGUUUUUAUUCUUUUGCAAGCAUGCGUGCUUUCAAAAAGUGUGCCAACAGUCUGCAAUGAAUUGGAAAA